AUGAGAAGACUGCUGGUCCUUCUGCUUGCCACGGCCGCUGCGCUCGCUGGCGCGGCUGAGAAGGAUCGGCCUGAAGUCAAAGUGUUUUCCGACCAGGAGAAAGACUCGGAGCUCCCAACGGUGGAGCUCGUAAGCUCGCAGGACGUCCAGAGGAGGGAGAAAGCGGACAUCGAGGAGAUCUCGAGAGCUGUAAAGCUCCUGGAUCGAGUCUUCAGGAGAUCGAAGGGCAAGUCCGGUCAAUGUGGUGUUGUGGCCGAGCUCGACGACCAGCAGACCCCGAUGAGCUGGGCCAACGCAUCACACAUAAUGCCGCAGCCACAUCAAUGUCACCGGCGACUGUCCACAAACUGCACCCUGAGCUUCCGGCAGAUGCGGUGCCCAUCAGAGUGUCCAUUCAUGUCUCCGGACUUGCACUUUCCGUGUAUGUUCAGCUGCCGUGCCGCCCACCGCUGCUCGGGGAGCAACGUGGACACACCCUUCCCGGACAAGGACUACCUCCUCUGCUCGAGUUGCUCCGUGGUAGGCUGCAAAUACUGCACCGCUCAAGCGCACUGCGCUGAGUGUCACGAGGGCUUUACCUUGCAGGGUGGGAGGUGCGUGUUCGCACUGACUUCUGGUGGAUGGGCCUCCAUGGUCAUGGCAGUGCUGGUCCUCCUGAUCCUCCUGGUGAUCCUCCUGGCCAUCUGCUACUGCUGCGUUGGCUCAAAGAACGAGAAUUGGCAGUUCAAUCAGCGAUCCAUCGAAGCUGGACGAAGACACCGGCGGCUCUCAAAGGUGCAUCGCUGGGACCUCUUUGGAAAGACACCUCGAAGGAGAUAUCCGCUCUCAGUGCCGACUUCCUCAGAGAACAUCUUGGGGAUGGGACUGGGCCUCUUCUACAACGGCAUUCGUUUUAUCUUCGUUGUCGCGGUGCUCACGCUCUUUGCCUCCUGGAUUGUUUCUGAUUCCAUCGGCCUUCGUUACGUGCUGCAAAGCUCCGAGACGAGCAGUUCGGAGAAGCUUCUCCAGGCCCUGCAGCAGACGGAGGCGAAGGAGGCCAUGAUUCCGGCUGUGCUCGUCUCGCCCAUGAUGACUUGCGAAGACACGACACCCGCAGUCAUCGCCGAGCAGCUGCAAACUUAUGCCGCGACACGUGCCAAGGUGUUGGGAGUGCUGUACAUGGUGCUCUUCUCUUACUCGCUGUACUUCGUGCACAGCCAAAAAAUCUUUGCGAGAAGUUUCGACAAAGAGAGCACCAGCAUGUGCGACUUCUGCGUGCUCCUUCAAGGCCUUCCGCCGGAGUGCACAGACGAGGUGGAGUUGAAGAGGUGGGCAGAGAAAAUGCUCAAACAGAGCAAGAUCGAGAGCCAGGUCGAAGGCGUGAGCAUUUGCUACGACUUCGGAGGCGAUCAGCAGCAGAAAAAGGACGUCUAUGACAUGCUCGAGAGGUUCUGUAGCGCAACGGAGAUCGAGCUGAAAGUCAAGGGCGGCAUGCUCGGGGAAGACGACCAUUUGGAUGCCAUGAAGGAGACUCUUGAGAAGCUCAAGAAGCAGGUCUCCGAAGAUCGCAGCAAGGCACUUGCGUGGUUCGACGGAGAGAAAAAGCUCAAGGGCACUGGUCAGGCGUUCUUGAUCCUGACGAAGUCCAGCGGCAAGGAUGCUAUCAUGAGCACUUACGCAGCCAAAGAUUCGAUCUUCAUGUACGAGUCGCAGAAGAUAGAGGUGUCCGUGGUGAAUUCCGAGCCACCUGAUGUCUUUUGGGAGAAUCUGGCAGUCUCCGAGGGGACGAUCCGGCUCAACGAAUGGAUAGCGCUGGGCAAGGUGUUGCUCAUGUUCGUGGGCAUCAACGUCUUGGUUUUUGGCUUCAACAGGUUUGUGCUCAUGCCAUAUUUGGCAGCCGGCAGCAGCGCUGGUGGGCCCAUCACGAUGCUGAAUGGCAUCAUCAUGGCCAUCAUCAACGGGCAGUUGGGCGGUCAAAUCUACGGUUCUGCCUAUGGGGUUGGCUACCACCGCAAGGAUCGGGCUGAUAUCUGGUUGUUCUAUGUGAACUUCUUCAUCACGCUCUGCAACACCAUGUUUAAUUUGGCGCUCACCAUCUACGCCGUGCAAGCGACGGAUCCGGAAGUGGCCCAAGCUGGCGUGUCGGCGUUUCUCAGCACCCUGUCGAGUGUGGCUGUGGGUCUGGAGUCGGAGAUCGGAUACAAGCUGUAUUUGAUGCUGAUUCCUGGCCAGUUUUUCGUCAGCCCUCUGAUGGGCUACCUCACGGGAUGCAUCGUGCAGUAUGUGCAGGUCACAUUGGUCGCCAAGAUCAUCUACGUCUGGAAAUGUCUGCCGGACCCGCUGUUGAAGCUCUUGAAGUUGCUCUUGCCAUGGGCGCCAGACAACUUGAAGGAGUACGACAGGAGAAGUGCCGAGAUGGGCUUUCGUGCUGGACAGAUCGGCUUGCCCUGGGACUACAGCAACUUGAUCUUGAACCCCUUGUUGGUCUUCUUCACGUUCUUCUUCGUGUCAAUGAACAGCUGGACGGAGAGUGCUGGUCUUGUAGCCUGGGCGGUGUUCUUCUUCGGCUACAGCCGCUUCAUGCACCUCCGGGUACAAUCGGUUGGCUUCUACAGCACCCACAAGUUGGACUGGAAUGUGUGGAUCGUCUGGGGAGCGGCGCUCUCAACCGUCGCCACUUGUGCGGUGGCCUGGGAGUUUCGUUCAGGUGCUGUGCUGAAGGGCGCUCCGCUGUGGCAGAAGUGGGCGAUUCUCUUCGCCACUUAUGCUGCUGGUUGCUUUCUUUGGGUUGGUUGUCUCGUCAUUCAGCACCCGGGAUCCAUGGAGAAGGGCCCCGAUGCGAGGGAUGGUGAUUUCCUAAACUGCAAGAAGGACUGGAUAUUUUCGUGGUUCAACUGCAACCCCGUCUUUACGGUGAAGUGCUUGCACUACCUGCCCAAGCUUCUCCAGGAUUCUGAAGUUGCGCAGGCGGCGAGCGCCAUCCUUGACAAGGCAACGUGCUGGGGCCAUCCCAUUGCCUGCGGUGACGACCCCAACGAAGUGAGGUACUACAGUCCUGGCAAAGAGUACCUUCACUUCUCGCCGGAGAAGCAGAAGAAGAUCCAGGAACUGGACCUCCAUGACUGGUUGGAGUUCGAGUCUUAUCUUGAAACUCUGGCCCAUGUGGCAGACCUUUGUCGCCGAAAUCGGGGUCACAUCAAACCUGAAGAGCUCUACCAGCAGAUGGAUCUCUUGAAGAUUGACUUCAAUGCAGUCAAGAUUUGA